CCACGUUCACUUUAAACAACUACGAAACCACGUUCACUUUAUGCUAGACAUACACUGCAGUUCCAAAUUGUCUGUCCGCCAAACCAAAUACAAACAAAUGAUGAAAAACAACAUACUGUUCUCCUAGACUAACAAAUACAGACACUGCACUUACGGGUUGUCUGUCAGACAGACAACCCUCAAAAACAAACCAAAAAUUAAAAAAAGUAGAUCUGCUCAAGUCAUUCGAAGCUUCUUGAUCUGCACUUUCGUCGUUGUCUCCCCACGUCACCGAGUUCUCCCCUUCGUCCAAUUACUGUAGCUCUUCCACUUGAAAUGAAAAAAAGGCAGAAGAGGAGAGAAACAGGAGAAGAAGCUUGGAGGGAGAAAAGAUUGUAAAAAUGAGAAGACUUGAUGGGGAGAGAUCUUGAAAUGGAGAAGAAAUCAAAAUUUGGAGGGAAGGACACAAUUGUGAAUAUGAAAGAAAGGGGAGGGGGCUGCGUGAAAAGAGAAGAUGGAGGGGAGAGGGAGGGAAGGAGAAGAAAAAUGGGGGAGGGGGGAGGGUUUUUGGAAAGAGGGUAAAAUGGGUGGUAAAAAAGGAGGCUUUUAUAUGGGGUAAAUGGGAUGAUAUUGGAGUACCUAUAGCAAAAUUGUGAAAAUAAUUUCAUAUUUACGCAAAUUAAAGUAACAUCCCAUAACAUGAUGACAUGUCCCUUCGGGGACAUCCGACAUAACAUGAUGACAUUCUCUCAAUUUUUUUUUGAAAGGAACACUCUCAAUUUAAUUUUAGAAAAUUAUUUUUCUAACAAAAAAUUAAGAGAGCAAACAAAAAAAGAGAAAGUAACACAUGCAAGGAAGAAAAAAUAGAAGAAAGAGUCAAUGCCCGUAUAGAUCUGCGCACCAGAGAAGCAGCUUCACAAAGAAAGAAGCCAGAGAAUAGAUCUGCAGUUUCUUGCUCGUUGCAAAAAAGAAAAACAAGGAAGGCAACACGGAGGAAGAGAAGACACAGCAGACAGAAGAAAAGGGGGGAGGAGUCUUACCAGGAAUUUCCGCCUCUAACUGGUCGCUGAAUUUGGAUCCUCUCCGAAGUUCCAUUAGGAGAGAUAUAGAGAGGAGAAAAUUAAAGGUGGGGGUAGUUUGAUGAGUAGGAUAGAGAAAAAGGUAGAAAUAGAUAGGAAGUAAAAAGGAAAUGGAGGGGAAAUGGAGAGAAAGAAAUGGAGAGGAGCUGAACCCCUUGUCGCUGCGUCCUUGUGCAGCCGCUGGCCCGCUGCCACCGUGUCGUUGUGCCUCCGCCUCACCAACUCACCGUACCACUGCUACCGUAUUCAUUCCCGUGUCCCAUCUUUCUCGCCACAUCUACACCGACACUACAGCUCAAUUCCUUCUUUGUUUAAUACACUGCUGGACCUUGAGGCUGCUAUGGAGGAAGGAGGGAGAGGGGGUUUGGCGAGAUCGUGGACGAGAGAUAACAAAUGUCGUGGAGCAAGACAUAACGUAAGGAAAUAGGGGCAGUUUUGGAACAAAAUAAAAACGAG